GGGGCCGUGCCGCCGCUGCAGGAUCAGGACAUGAAUGAACCAUGUUCGGUACCGGAGGCCUCGCGCUCCCCGCCUGCUGCCUCCUGCUGCUGCCGGCUCUCCCGCUGACGUGCGGCCGCCCCGCGGAGGAGGAGGUGUUUCAGUGGUGGGGGGAGUGGUCUAAUUGGUCUUCAUGCUCCAGAAGCUGUGGAGGAGGAGUAAGAAGUCAGGAGAGACACUGUCUCAUACAGAGGCUGUCUACCACCCAGAAUGUGAACAGCUCAUAUUGUGUUGGCUUACCAAAACAGUACCAGCUUUGUCCAAAAAAGCCAUGUCCAAGUCCCAGUGCUAGCUUCAAACAGCACCAGUGUUCCCAGUUCAACUCUAAAGUAUUUGGAAGAAGUUAUUACCAGUGGAUCCCACUUUACCCAGCUGAUGACAUGAGCAUCUCCAAUAAGCCAUGUGACCUGCAAUGCACGACUGAGAGCGGGGAGCGCCAGCUGCUUGUUCCUGCUCAUGAUGGGACAUUCUGUCAUGAUGCCAAACACCAUGGAGUCUGCAUUGAGGGCACCUGUCAGCCUGUAGGCUGUGACGGGCAGCUGUACAGCACCAAGACUGUGGACCGAUGUGGAAAAUGUGGGGGGAAUGGAGCGACAUGCCAGCGCGUCACAGGAUCAUACAGGAAGGGACUCACACAGUUAGGCUAUGUGUUCAUCACCAACAUCCCAGCUGGAGCUUCAGACAUCCAAAUUAUAGAGAGGCACAAGACAGAGAACACUCUUGCCCUGUCAGAUGAAGCAGGACACUUCUUCUUCAAUGGAAAUCCUGUCUUUGACAAUCCACAAAACUUUCAUGUGGCGGGAACCGUGUUUAAAUACAGACGUCCCAGCAGUGGCUUCUCUGACGGGCUGGAGUACAUGACUGCUCAGGGGCCCACAGUGCAGGCCCUCAAUGUUAUGUAUUACAAUGUCAAUGGAAAACGCUCCUAUAUCACAUACCAGUACACCCUGCCACUCACGCCUCACCACAUCUCUGCCUCUGAGGCGGUCUCCUCCGCCCCCCCACACCUUCAUCCUAACCUCACCUCAGAGCACGCCACAGAGAGCGACUCCGGGGUCCAGAGUGGCUCCAUGAACCAGAGCAGAUGUGAGGCAUCUGCACACCGCUGCAACAGCCUGCUGGAAGCAGAGGACCUCUUGGAGGAAGAUGAGGAUCAAAAGGAUGAGCGGGAGGCCCAGACACUGAGCCCAUCUCCCUCUCCUAAUGUGGUUCUGGUCCACAGACCAGUUGAUGCUGGGUUGAGUGGCAAUGAUGUGGUACAUGAGGAAGCUUCACCACCGCCUGACUUCAGCAGUCGGAGCGACUACUCUGCUGCUCUGUCAGAAGUCGCCCCCUACACGUCACAGGGGGAUUUACAUCACAACCAGACAAGCUUUGACUCUGCCAAGCACACACUUACAAAUCCACAAGCAAUGGCUGUCAAAGAACUGCAUCCUGACAGACAGGCUGAAGCAGUGGUGGAGCUUCAGAAGACGACAGCUGCCCAGAGAACCAGCACAGACAGCAAUGACUUCGAUGCGUCUCUGGAGCACCGCGUCACUCCUGCUGACAUGUAUCGUUGGAAGGUCUCUGCUUACGCCCCCUGCAGCUCAACCUGCACCACAGGUCUGUCCAGCACCUACGCCCUCUGUGUCCGCUACGAUGGUGCAGAGGUGGACGACACGUAUUGUGAUUCUCUGACCAGACCAGAGCCCACUCACGAGUUCUGCAGUGGAAAGGAAUGUCCUCCACGAUGGGAGACCAGCGGGUGGAGCGAGUGCUCUCGGACCUGUGGAGAAGGUGUUCAGUACCGCACUGUGAGGUGCUGGAGAAUGCUGUCUCCAGGUCUGGACUCUUCAGUCUACGACUCACUGUGUUUGUACAGACCAGCCAAUAGAAAGCCUUGCUUUGGUCAGAGCUGUGGACCGCAGUGGGAGGUGUCAGAGUGGACAGAGUGCUCGGCACGCUGUGGCUCGCACGGCCUUCGAACUCGGGAGGUUCGUUGCUCUACUGAAAAAAGGAAGUGCAACAAAACCUACCAGCCAGCAGAAAGAGAGGAAUGUGAAGGGCCGCCCUGUGACAGACGCUGGACCGUUUCUGACUGGGGACCAUGCUCAGGUGCAUGUGGGGAUGGACGGAUGCUGCGUACCGUGACCUGCCGCUCAUCGGAGGGAUUAGUGAUGUCAGAGGCGCAGUGUGACCAAUCACUACGACCGCUUACUGUUUAUCCUUGUGGGGACAGAGACUGCGCCCCCCACUGGGUUGAACAGGAGUGGCAACAGUGCGAUGUGACAUGUGGGCGGGGCAUGAGGCAGCGUCAGGUGGUGUGUGCAGGCCUGGAAAAAGGCGUCUUCAAAGAGUUUCUAGACAGCAGCUGUGACCACAACAAGAAACCAGAGAACACCUCCUCAUGUUUCCAGAGACCCUGCUCCAAAUGGUUCAGCACCUCCUGGUCUCAGUGCAGUAAAACCUGUGGAAGUGGCGUCCAGGUUCGAGAUGUGAAGUGUUACCAGGGAGGGGAGCUGCUAACCCUGGGUAACAACUGCUACUCUUUUCUGAAGCCAGAAGCUCGGCAAAACUGCAAAAUCCAGGACUGUCCUGGAGACGUACCAGCAGCAUCAGUCUCAGCAGACGCCGCCUGCCAGGACAAGCCAACAGCCAACUGCGCUUUGGUUCUGAAGGUGAAACUGUGCUCGCACUGGUACUACCGAAAGGCCUGCUGCCAGUCCUGUAAGGCGCCCAGGCACUGAAACGUCCUGCAACCCCCCAGCUCGACACCCAAACAUGCUUCAGCUCAGGAUCGAUUCAAAGACACGUAUGCAACUGAAAACUUCCAGAUGAACAUCCCUCAAUGACCCGCGGGUUUAUAGAAGAGCGACAGAUUUCAGAGCUUCUGACGGGAAUGUCUUGAACAUAGUUGAAAUGUUCUUCCUUUUCAGCCAGCAAACUUCAUUAAUGCACAAAGUUUUUUUCCCCAAAACCAUACCUCUACAUUACACAAAGUUAAGUCUCAAACUAAUGAGGCUGAGCAUGAAGAUGGAGGACUCGUUCAUCCAGGUGGUGUGGCUUUGAGUGUUUGAAAUGUUUCAUUACUCAUACAAGUGGCUUCACCAACCUUUCCCAAAUCUGUACAUUCAAAACAUUUUUCUGGAAGAUAAAGAAAGAUUUUUUCUCUUUCUCCUCACUACAAAAGUAUCUGCAACGACAGUAGGAACAUAAGUGGAACAAAAAGUUCUCAUUAUGUUAAUAAGAAGAUUGUUUUCUCCCCAUCUGUCUUGUUUUCUGGACUGUGCGCCCGACAGAUUUUGGUUUGACUUGAAUUAAAGAACGACUCAAUAAACAUUGCUAAGCAGCCA